ACCCCAGAGCCAGACACCGGUGAAACCAGUCGUAAUCUGAUUUCCAGAAUCGGCCAAAUAGAUUACGCAAUACUUGUGUAUGCGUUAUAUAUUUAUUUAAGGAUCAGUAAAUAUAAAUGUGUUUACAUAUGCUUACAGAGAACCUAGGGUUAGGGUUUCGGAUAUAGAAUUCAGAUUCUGGAUGGAGGAUGGUGAAGAGACUUUAUCGCAUGUCAAUGAACCAUUUAAUUUUGAAAUGAAACAGGAAAAAUUAGAAAAUGAAGAGAAUAAAACCACUGAGCAAUCCGUGUCGUUUUCUGAAUUGGAUGACUCGAAUUUAAGUAUAGGUGGAGAAAAUGUUGAUGCGGAUAUGGUAGAGGAGGAGAAAGAGAAGCUGCCUGCGGUGGCGGAAGUUGGAGAAGACGAAAAAGAGUCUGUUACGGAGAAAUAUGACGUAGCGGGACCGGAAUUGGAAGUGGAUGCCGUGGCGGAGCUUAUUAUGGAUAGUGGAGAAAAGAGCGUAUUCGAGAGAGUUGAUUCGAUGGUGCUUACGGCUGAAGAAGCGGGGGCAGAAUCAAAGGAAACUCUUGCUUUGGAGAGUGAAGUCGGAGGAAUGAAAGAUGGCUGUGAUAGGGGGGAGUCACUGCUUGCUUCGAAUGGUGAGGAAGAAUUGGUGCCGGUGAUGGUAGGUGAUGGAAGCAAGGUUAGUUCCGGCACAUGGGAAUUGAGUCCUCAUGCUCAGUUGGAUGUGAACGUAAUCCGUGAAGCGCCAGUGGAAAGAGAGGGAAUGGAAGCGAGGGGUCCAAAAGCCGCAGCUGAGAUAGAGGAGGAGAGAGGCAAGGGACAGCACAUUGAGAAAGAGGAAGGAGCUGAGCUGGAGCCAGAGAGAAUUCAAAUUCUUGAAAUUGAUUCGCGGACGUUAGUGGAAGCUGGUAUAGGCGGCAAGAAGGUUACAGAUAAGAUAAAUGAUUCAGAAGGUGGGACUACUGAGAAACUGUUCGGAACUGUAGAAAAAAAAGAUGAUUCUAAGACCAAAAUUGAGGUGGUGAAUUGUAGUGAAGGAGAGCAGGUUCACAAAUCUGAUGAUGCUAAGGGAAAUUUUGGCACUGACAUGAAUGAUAAGAGUGCAGCAGAUAGGUUGGUUGCUGAGGAGAGUUUGAUGGUCAGAACUUUAACGGAGGAGGAGAAGGAUAUCAGCGUGGAGGUUUUGAAAGGCGCGGAGUUAUCUGAGCUUGCAAGUGAGGCUGAAAUUGAGGAGGUAGAAGCAGUGUCUUCAGAGGAGAUUUCAGCAGGAGAUACUAAAAUGGAAACAGAGGCAUGCACGGAAAUAGAAAUGACAAGGGAUGACAUGGCCCAGGAGAUUCAAGUGGUUGAUUUACAAAUGGAAGCUGAGGUGGUGGAAAGGAAUGAUGGAAUUGAGACAAUCCCACCCGAGGAUGCAAAAAGGGACACAGAGGAAACAAAGAGUGAUUUGGAUGAGCCUGGUCAGGAGUUUGAUGAUCCACUGGCUGGAAUAAAAUCUGAAGAUGAAGCAAUGGCUGCAGAGGACACUGAAAUGGAGACUGAAACAGAUGUGGGUGAACCGGUGAAAUCGUCUGGAGAGAAGCAGAAGAGGGGGAGGAAUUCAAAAGGUCCCCAGGCCACAGCAAAACCUUCAGCUAGGAAGAAAGUGGGAGAGGACGUCUGUUUCAUUUGCUUUGAUGGUGGGGACCUUGUGAUAUGCGAUCGCCGAGGUUGCCCCAAAGCAUAUCAUCCUUCUUGUGUAAAUCGAGAUGAGGCCUUUUUCACCACUAAGGGUCGCUGGAACUGCGGUUGGCAUAUGUGCAGCAUUUGUGAGAAGAAUGCCCACUAUAUGUGUUAUACAUGCACAUAUUCCUCGUGCAAGGGUUGCAUUAAAGAUGCUGUUAUCUUUUGUGUCCGAGGAAAUAAGGGCUUCUGUGAGACGUGCAUGAGAACUGUUAUGCUAAUUGAGAACAAUCAACAGGAAAAUGUAUGUGCUUCCAUGACCUAUCUGCCUGUGUGUGUGGAAUUGGUCUGGGGUUUCGCAAUGUAUCAACUCUAUCUUGCUAAUGCUAGUAAUGGCAUUUGUCCCCAUGAUUCAAAUGCUCAAUAUUUACUACAUGAUUAUUAUAAAAAUUUUCUGCUGACGACUUUAGCAUAUUGCAGACUGAUAAAUAUACAAGGUUUUCUAUUCUGUCACACUUUUCUUAUUUCUUAUUUUGCUAUGCAGUGGUUGGAGUCAGAGGUUUCGCGCCUUAGCCAUCUUCGCGAUCGAGCUAGCGAUUUAGGUCGCAGGAAGGAGCUUAGAGAGUGUGUGGAAAAAUUACAACUUUUGAAGACCCCUGAAGAACGCCAUCGUAGACUAGAGGAAAUUCCUGAAAUACAUGCAGAUCACAAAAUGGAUCCGAGCUAUGAGUCUGACGAUGAUGGCAGUGAAGCUGACAACAGUAGACAAGAUUCUUUGACGAGAUCUAGAAGUUCUAGCUUUAACAGGAGAGGAAGAGGUCUUGUAUCUCCGGGAAGUGAUUAUAAUGCAAAAGAUAAUUGGAAUGGCUCAGAAAAUGUUUCUAGUAAGAAUUGGGAAUCGAGCAGAAACCUCUCAAGCAAGAGUAUGUAUACUAAUGCUUCUCAUUCUGGAGAAAUGGUAAAUGAAAAUGUACGGAACCAAGGAAGAGACAAGAACGUUCAAGAAUCUAAAUUUGUUGCUUCAUCUGUAACUUCAACAGUAUCUCUCUCAGAUGGUGUGGCAGAAACUGCUGUCAAGAUAAAUGAAACUGAAAAGGUUUGGCAUUACAAGGAUCCUUCUGGAAAAGUGCAAGGACCAUUUUCCAUGGUGCAGUUGCAUAAAUGGAACAAUACAGGGUACUUCCCUGUGGAUCUGAGAAUCUGGAGAACCACAUUAGAGCAAGAAGACCCUAUACUUCUUAGUGACGCAUUGGCAGGGAAAUAUCAGAGAGACUUACCGGCAGUUGACAAUAGAUUUCCAGCAAUUGAUUCUAUGCAUAAUCCAGUUAUCUCAUCAGGUCAUCCUGGUAAGGUUUCUGGAACGGCCUUGCAUCAAGAUAUACAAAGACCGAAUACUGAUCAAGACCCUAGGCACCCAAAACAUUCUACCGAAAAUUGGGUUGGAAAUGAUUUGACAAACCUACCAUCUCCUACUCCAAAACAAAAGAAUGCAGGAUGGACAGGAGAAGACGGGGUUCUUCUCCAUGGUGCAACUCAAUAUCCCAGUGGCAAUGAAUUGCUUCAUUCACCUACUCCUACAUUACCAAACACCUUGACAUACCCUUCUUCUGCUUCAGUUCUGAAGUCUGCUGUCCAAUCUAGUGGUGCUUUUACUCCAACAUUGAACUCUGAAAAAGGUAUUUUUGCAGGAAAUGUAGAUUCUCUACAAAUUCGGUCAAAUGUGAAUAGUGAACCACAUUCCAUACAGGCGCAUGGCCAUCUGCCCACUGUCGUCCAAUCAGAUGCUCUUAGUCUGAACCCUCGUGUUGAAACUCAUGGUUUGGGCAGCGUUCCACAGUCUGGACAAGGCCAGGCCCAAGGUUGGGGUGGCAUUACGUUGGAUGUUCAAAACUCUACUGGAAAUUUCUCAAACUCAAGUAUUGCAGCUAUGCCUCAACCUGAUUUGUGGAGACCAUCUACUCAGAGCAGUCUACCCAACAUGCUGCCCCGCAGUACACAAAACAUACCAUGGGGCAUGAGACCUGAAAAUCCAAACACUGGAUGGGGUAAUGUGCAGGCAAAUCCAAACACGGGGUGGGUAACUCCAACACCGAGAAAUACAAAUAUAAAUGUAGGAUUGGCUGUUCAAGCGACAGCUCCGGGAAAUACUUCUGGUUGGUUCGGUCCUUCAGGAAAUCCUGAAACUACUGUUGAAGGGCCGCUUCCAGGCAAUGUGAAUUCUGGUUGGGUUGCAACUCCAAGUUGGGGGGGUGCUCCAGUUCAAGGGCCAGUACCCGUACCUGAGAAUGGGUGGGGGGCACCUGGUGGGAAUUCAGGAUUUCCCAUUCAAGGACUAGCACGAGCAAACCCGAAUCAAGGUUUUGUUGCACCAGCUGGGAGCCAAGGUACGUGGGGAGGUGAACAAAACCACAAUGGAGGUCAAUUCUCCAGUCAAAGGGAAACGAGAGAUUCUGGUUUUGGUGGCAGGGGGACUACUUGGAGCAGACAGUCGUCAUUUGGCAGUGGAGGUUCUAGACCUUUCAAUACACGGGGCACAGUUUGUCCAUACAAUGCGAAUGGGAGAUGUAAGAAAGGGAUGAAUUGUGAUUAUCUACACACCUAAAUAGGAAAUUCAUAGCUGUCGUUCAUUGAUGGUUUUGUACAGUCAUUUAAUACUAGUGUUUCGACUUUUUACUGUAGCCACAGACCAUCUAGUUGUUUAAUAAAUUGGUACACAAGUUUUAUUAGUUAAUGCAUAUUUACUCCAGUAACAUGUCAA